CUCUACAAUACAACACUUUGUUGGUACUGAGCAGGUAGGUAUCUAGAUACAUAUCCGUACCACGACCCCCUAUAAGAUAGAUCCGGGGACGUCACCAAUUCAUAAUUUGGUGACGUCCCCGGACCUAUCAUCCUUCCAACCCUCAAGCCAAAGCAAACCGUCUCUCCCCGCCCCCCUUAAAAAACGCCCGAGCACAGGAUGACGAGUCAGCCCACCGCGGCAGACGCACCAGGCAAGGGCGGCCCCGCAACCCCAGCAGACGACCCCUCCAACGUCGCCCGUCUGCUGUCGUUCUGGUUCGACCACGACCAUCCCGAGGGGCUGGCGAAAUGGUUCAAGCCGUCGCCCGCCGCGGACGCCGAGUGUGAGCCGUGGAUACCGCUCGUAGAGGCGGCGCGAGCAGGGGCGCUCGACGCGUGGGCGCGGACGCCGGACGGGACGCUGGCGCUGCUGCUGUUGCUGGACCAGGUGCCGCGGAACGUGUACAGGGGGACGUCGGCGGCGUACGCGUCGGAGGGCGCGGCGUUCGACCGCCAGAUGUUCUUCUACCUGCCGCUCAUGCAUGCCGCCGAGGCCAUGCUCGCGUAGGUCGGCUGCCUCGGCCUGUACCAGGGCUUGGCAGCGCGAGCCGAGCCGGGAUCCGCUGUGCGCGAGAUGCUCGACGGCGUCCUCGGCAUGUGCCAGGUCCACGUCGACAUCGUCCGCCGCUUCCCGGGCCGUAAUGCGGCGCUCGGGCGCGAGAGCACCGGUGAGGAACUAGUGUUCUUGCGGCCGACGGGUUUUUAUGUAGCCUCCUACUCAGGUGUCAAAGGCGUAGGUCCCGCUGACAUGGUCAUGGAGUUUUUCAGAAGGAAAAGGGGGACGGGGCUAUCACUUGGCGGGAGGCCCCCUUACUGCAUAGAUGACAGAGAACUCGCUUAAGUAGAGAAUAAUAUUCCAUAACGUAGAGCAGCUGCUCAAGGCCGAGCAUUCAGAGUUUCACG